AUGCAUCACACGGGGGUGCCAUCGAUGGCAUCGCAAGGGGGUGCUAUCUCAAGCCCGCUCGUCUCGUCGAUGUUGGCGCGCGGCGUCUCUCCUCUGCGUACUGCUCUGUGCGGCGCUCUUCACUGCCGGCUGCGCCGCAUCUCCCGCAUCAUUCCUCUCAAGGCUACUCGGACCAAGCGGCCACGCCGCUGCCGCUUCUGUGCUCAAGCCAGCCGCCGUGGUCUGAAGUGGAAAGGGAAGGUACAUGAGAAAUAUGCAACCAUAUUGCAUCCUUUCGCGGAUACAUGGACCGGCGACCGUGGAGCAUUCGGGUUUGUAGACUACAAGGUUGUGAGUUACUCUCCACAUGAGUGGUACUUUGUGGCGGAAUUUGGGAUCACUGGUAUACAUUCUGGAGGGGGAGAACCCACCCUUGCUUUCGGGACUUCCUGCGCACUCAAGGACGUUGGCAGUAGUUGGCUUCAAGUGGUCAGGCUGAUUCGUUGUCACCAGCUUGUACCGUAUUACCUUGUGCCUAAGGACAAGAGUAGCUGUAAAAAUUGUAUCCUGCAUCUGUCUUAA